AUGCAAACGGGACUUCAAUUAUUUGUUGUGUUCCUGUUAUUUCUGCAAAUAUGGACAAAGAACUCAGAAGUUAAUGCAAGUUCGGGAAAUUAUGAGAGAGUGACAUCAAAUGUGGAAGUUCAGACAGCACCCGAAGCAAUCCAAGUGAAUAAUGAUUCUAUCGAAUUUAAAUUAAAGGAAAAAGAUGAUACAAUCGUAAAUCAAGAGGCUCUCUUAAAACAUAAAUCAAUACUCUUGGAUAUUGAAAUAAAUGAAACCAGUAAAGCUAAGCAGGAAGCAUCCGACUUCAAACUCCAAAUUGAAGGCAAAGAACGCGAAAUACAGAAGCUGCAAACAACACUUAAUAAUUAUAAUGCUACAAUAUCAAAGUUGGAGUCAGAAAACAAACAGAUUAAUCAGGAGAGAGAUGAGUUAAUAUCGCAAUCUAAUAGACGAUUCAAUGAAAGUAUUGAUUUGGAAAGUGAACUAUUUCAAACCCUUUUAAAUCCCUCGAGAUUAAGUGAUGAGAACUUCAAGAAAUAUCAACGCGACCAAGAAAGUUUAUUAGAAUCGUGUCAAUUGGAUUUGAAGUCACAACAAAAUGAGAAAAUUAAUAUUCGCCAUAGCCAGAUUGAGUGUGAACAGCAACUUCAAAAUAAACAAUCUUUGAAUACGGAUAUAUCGACUCUGAAGAAGAAACUAGAUGACUGUCAAAAUACUUACAAAUCUAUCAACUCGGACGUAAGCGGAAAUAGAUUUUUCAUAGAUGGCUACACAAUGCGGAUAAAGCGUUGCAAUUCUUCAAUAUAUGAAAUUACUAAUAAAAUUAAUUGCAUGAGGGACGAAAAAUGUAUUCCAACAACUACAGCAACUACAACAACUACUACUACUUUUAUGCCAAUAAUUUUUGGUGAAGAGUUUGAUUAUUAUGAGGAACCCUGACAUUUCUACAUAAAACUAUAUAUCGAAAUAUAUUUAAACAGAAAUAAAUGU